AUAGAUUGUCAAAAUGAUUCAAAUGACAUAAGAAAAUAAAAUUAUAUUUAACAAUCUAGAAUACAAAAACAUUCCACAAAUAUGCUGGUAAUGAUGAAACCUUCACAAUGAAAAGAUCACACUGAGCCCCGCCUCAGCGACUACCCGAAACUAGAAAUACACCCGCCAUGUCCCACACGAUCCGCCACGUUACCCUGGCGGUGACGCGAGCCUGCCUCAAGAUACCGGGCACCAGCCACCUUUUCAAAACACUCACCAGAAGCUUUGCAGAUAUUGCUAAGAAGGAUUCACCUUCCAACGUUGCGGUGCGGAACACAAAGAGUGACAUAUGUUUGCGCGUGCGCCGUGCGCGGCCGGCGGACGUGCCCCGCGUGCUUGCCUUCAUCCGCACCCACACGCGCAACGCAUGGCCCACGCUUGGCGCGCCUUCCAAUGCAUCGCAGAUCGUGCUCUCCGACUACGUCUCCCGAUCCUUGGCUCAAGGCCAUUCAAUGAUAGCGGAGCAGCAGGAUACGAGCAACAAGUCGUGUCGUAUCCGCGCGCUGGCGCUGGGCACGACCAUGUGCAAGUGGGACGCGGGCGUUCUGGAGAAAUGGGCGCGAUGCGUGCAGUGCCCGCGCUCGCGCCAGCUACUCAUGUUCACGGCGCACUGCCUGCGCGCGCCCGGACUGCACGACAAAUAUCACGUGCACAACAUACUGCAGGUGAUACUGAUCGUGCCGGAGGACGUGUCUGCGCGCAGGGAGGUGAUCAAGACGCUGGCCCGCAGUGCCAUGCUGCGCGGCCGAGACGUCGGCUUCUCCCUAGUGCGCUUCGACGCCGGCAACGACGCUGUAAUCGAAGUGUUGGAAGAAAUGAAGCUGCACAAGGAGUGGCGGAUCGUGUAUGACGUUUUCGGGGACGCUAUCAAGGCGCGCCACGACUGCGACUUCUCCUCACCCACCGACCACAACCACCCCAGCAAGCUGAAGAUGAACUACCCCCAGGUGGGGCACGGCCAUGCGCUCACCGUCUAUUCCGCCUUCACUGAUACCCCCAAAUAACAUACUGUGGCCUUGCGUCGCCGUAAUACUUGUAUGAAAACAAAUUGUUAACCUCUCAUUUUAUUUGAAAAACAGAUACAAUAUAUGUUUUAUUACAAAUGUUACGGCGGUGAAAUUCACGGAAAUUCACGGUGUAACUCGAAAUUAACAAAAAAAUAUGAAAACAAUAAUAAAGCACUUUUAAUUUAA